AUGCACGGAGAAACGCACGAAGAAAAACCGCUGAUUGUUAGGGUUGUUAUGAUUUUGUUAGUAAGCCUUCUUGCCUCAGCUGCCUUGCUUAGUAAUGGUUUUGUUCUCACGGUCAUUGGUCGCUUUAAAUCUUUGCGAACAGUUCCAAACAUUCUCCUUGCCAAUCUCGCUGUUGUGGACCUUCUCAGCGCAGCUAUAAACGUGCCCAUUCAUAUGAUUAGUUACGUUUGGGAGGCGAGUUGGUUUAGAGGAAAGAUUCUGGCUAUCAUCAGCAGCAGUCUCAAUCGGUUAUUUUUGAUGUUGAAUCUUGUCUCCAUGCUCGCCAUGAUGAUAAAUAUGUACCUGGCCAUUUCCUUUGGUUUGAGAUAUCUCGCCUGGAAGACGAAGAAAAAAGCCCUGAUCUGUGUGAUUUUCAUCUGGUUCGCGUGUAUCGUUAUGGCGACCUUGUUUGCAUUGCCUCUACUCAAUAUCGAUCUUGGUAAUGCUCAUGUCAGCGAAUACAGAGCAGAGAUCUUCGAACAAGCAAAGUAUUUUGUUGCUGCAGGCACGUCGAUCCUCAUUAUCUGUAGUGCUUUGGUCUCUUUCCUGACAGCUUGUGCGAUAAGGAGGAAGAGAAUGAAGGUAGAGAUUUUUUUUCUUCUAUGUUUUGUAGUCGCAGGAAAUAUUAGGUAUGAUUUGACUGAUCAAAGAGAUAGAAUUCUCGGCGUCAUUAACAAUAUGCUGAAUUUGAUUUGAGAAUUGUGCGCUUAAAUUGAAGCAACACAAACAUCCGGUUCUUCAGUCGAAGUCCGACUAUGGCUGCGGCUUUAAGCAACCAAUGGACCGCGAGAUUUCUUUCUUUUAGAAGGCUUUUUGAAAUAAAUGAAGUUUUUCAGCCGCAAGCAUUCUCUGAGUUUUUCGUCAAAACAGCAUUUGGACGAAAUUUUAAGCUUUAUUAAAGAUAGUUUAAAACGUAGUUUGGCUAAACGAUUGAUAAAGCAUCGGUGAUAAUUGCUCAAAAGCUUUUGAUUAUGUAGUCAAAAAAUACUUUAUCUUUAUUGCCUAAAUGCCACUCUUUAUACUACAGUUUAGUGAUGCCUCAUUCGUACUUGAUGUCCUCUACUUAUUUACAGAGAAAAGAAAUGAAUUUGUCUUCCUCUCAAGCUGAAGUCCGAUUGAGGGAGGACGUAAAAGCGACUAAAACCAUCGCCAUUACAGUAGCUGCCUACUUCUUCUGCUUUAUUCCUGCCAUCGUGUUUGCAGCAGUGGUUUAUGAAGAAGAUGACAACGAUGUUUGGUUUUCUUUUAUUGCUCGUUACAGCAUUGACUUCUCGAGCACAGUGAAUCCGAUUAUCUACUACACAAGAACAAGACGCUGCCGUUCAGCUUUCAAACAGCUCAUAAAAAACCCUUUUGGAUCAAGCGACUACAAAGAGAGGCCAAACUUCAAUAACACUCGAGUGCUCGUAGGAAAUAGAGAUGGCGUUGAACAAGAAAAUAGCCGUGAUGUCAAAUUGGAUGGAAACCCAACGGGAGAAACGUAUGCAAGCAAACGAAGAAAUGCACUUGCUACUCUAUCAAUUGAAAGCGUAAGGGUUCAUGAGGCCGGUUAUUAUGCAGAUGGAAAACAGCUAAGCUGGGAAGGACAAAUGUCUAAAUGUGGAGUUCAAGCUUUCGAUCAGUUAAGCGGAGAGGAAACAAAAGGAGGGCAUGAUAAACUGAAUGAGACGAAAAGACAAAAAAUUCGGGAACAGUUACGCCCAUUUUCUAAGGUUCAUUUUCUCGAAGUGGUUGCAACACACAUUGCCGCUGACGAUUCUGGUGGAGCAAAACGAAUAGAAAGCGCUCACCACUUUAGGAGGGAAGAAAAAAGACAAGAGUUUACCGGAAAAAGAAAAGGCACCGUUUCAAGUAGUCUGGUGUUACUAAAAGUGCGGAAGGCGGCAUGGCAAGCCACUGAGGAGGAAGACAUAGGUCAGACUAUGUCUAACCCUAACUGA